AUGCCUUCCAAAAUCCCCAUCCCGGCUGACUUCCCCUCCAAGCUCACCGUCACCAUCACGUCCCCGCCCAAUGCCUCCCCCUCCACACCUUCUCCAAACAUCCUGCUCCUGCUCCACGGUAUCGGUGACACCGCCGUCGGCUUCACAGCCUUCGGCCGCGCCAUGAGCCUCCCGGAGACUACCGUCGUGACCGUGCAAGCGCCAGCCCCACUCCCCUUUGACCUGGGAGGCUUCCACUGGGGCGACGAUGUCGCCUUUGACAGCACGACGGGCGCUCUGGACAUGGAUGCCGGGCUGGCGCGCAGCACGGCCACCCUCGCGGCCGUCGUCCGGGAUACACUCGGUCAGAAAUGCGGGUACCGGCGGCGCGAGAUCCUGAUCCUGGGCUUUGGGCAGGGCGGGAUGGCCGGGCUGGCGGUGGCGCGGGAGCUGAGUGCGGACGGGGGAGAGGCGCUGGGCGGGGUGAUUUCGAUCGGGGCUCCAUAUGCGCUGUCGGGGGCGCGGACAGGCGCGAAGAGUCGCACGCCGGUUUUGUUAGUAGCUGGGCGCGAUUCGAGCGUGGUGUCGGAGGGGGCGGUGCGGAGGACGAAGGACGUAUUUGAGUUUGUCGAGGUGAGCUGGUAUGCGCGGCGUGGGGAUGGGAUGCCGUCGAGCCGUGAGGAGAUGUUGCCUGUGAUGCAGUUCCUGGCAAGGCGGUUGCGCAGUCGGCAGGGGGUGCCGGAGGGGAGUGUUGAAAUUUGA